GAGGAACACCCACAGCCCCCGAAUCGGUGUCGCUUCUCUACUCUAAUACAGGAAAUAGCAGGUUGAUAAAACAAGUAGUGCUGAAAAGAUAGGCCGCGGAUAUUUGUGUGAAAUGAUAGUGAAUGCAAAUUGCAUAAUGCAAAUGCAAUGAGACUAUUGUGAUCUUUACCAAGAAUUUAAACUACAAUUCGCUUAAGGCGUCUAAAUAAUGAGGUAUAGUUAGUGGAUAAUGACCAGAAAUGAGCAAUUCUCUUAUAUUUUGGCACAUAUUAUCCUAUGUUAUCUGUGUAAUGCAUACUUUUCGUCUUUUCCUGAUAAGUGCAUUAUAUUACAAUUGCAUAAACAAACCAUGAUGAGAGAGAAACCAUAUCAAAUUAUACCCAUCAAAGAUCACCAGCCAGCAGUCAUAUCCAUACAAACUCACGUGCCGUACCAUUGAACCGUUUAGUGGAGUUUACAAAAGAACGCGUAAAGGAAAGAAAUUGAGCAGAAACUCUUGAUUUAUAAUAUUUUUGCUAUAUAUUUAUGCUAUUUUUUAGAUGUGAAAAUUACCACAUGCCAAAAAAAAUAUUUUCAAUUUCCCUCUUUUAUCGAAACAAUAUCAAUUAUUUCCUAAUAUUUAGUGCAAUUUAAAACAAUGGUGGUAGUUGUAGAUAUCCGCCUAAAUCGGUACAGCAAAGUUUAUAACGAGCAGGAGCCAAUACGAGGAACAGUGAUUAUUUCAUCAAAGACUGAUUUACGACAUGAUGGAAUUAUCCUGAGCAUGGACGGUCACGUCAACUUGCAGUUGAGCUCUAAAACUGUCGGGAUUUUUGAAGCCUUUUACCAAUCCGUUAAGCCAAUUCAGCUCUUAUCAUACCAAAUAGAGCUUGGAAAAUCUGGAAAACUGACCGCUGGUAUUACCGAGCUUCCAUUUGAGUUUCCAUUAAGGAGUCGGAAUAAUCGUGUUCUGUAUGAAACUUAUCAUGGCGUAUUCAUCAAUGUUCAGUACAGUCUAAAAUGCGAGGUAAAGCGAUCCUUCCUUAUCGGGACGUCCAUGUCGAAGUCCUUGGAGUUUAUCGUCGAAUAUGGAAACAACUCUGCUGCCCCCUCCAACCCAUCACUCACCGAACUCAUCACCCCCGCAGAAAUGAAACGGAUAGACUUCGAGAUGGUGAGCGAGGCUGGGAGCAAACUCGGCGUGUUCAAGGCUCACGGUCACAUCGAUUCAGUCGUUUGCCCAAUUACCAAACCAUUCACUGGAGAAAUUAUCAUUGAAAAGAGUGAAUAUCCUGUCAAAUCCGUCGAAUUGCAAUUGGUUCGAGUGGAAACUACUGGAUGCGCGGAAGGAUAUGCAAAAGAUGCUUCUGAAAUUCAGACAAUACAAAUUGGCGAGGGGAAUGUGUGUCGAGGGCUGCCUAUUCCAAUAUUUAUGAUUUUUCCAAGGCUUUUUUCGUGUCCAACUGUUUGUACAACUAAUUUUAAAAUAGAAUUCGAAGCCAACGUCGUUGUGAUACUUACCAAUGAUUUCUUCAAGUCGGAAAAUUUUCCUAUUAAGAUUACUAGAUUCUAGUCAGACUUUGUAUGUAUUUAAUAUUUGUUAUUAUUAUUCAUUUUGUACAUAAUAAAAUAUACAUCAAUAUUA